AUGGAGCUUGUAAGGAGAAAGGUGGGAUAUGAGUGCUGUUUUGCAGUAAGUUGUGAAGGAAGGAGUGGGGGGUUGGCACUAUUGUGGCAAAAGGAAACUAAGCUUAGUAUACAAAGCUUCUCAAAGAACCAUAUAGAUGCUCAGAUUUAUAAUGAAGAGGCUGAUAGACAGUGGCACUUCACAGGUGUGUAUGGCCGUCUUGAGAUUGAACUGAGGCAGGAAACGUGGAAUAUGAUUAAAACCCUGAAGGGAGUAGACAUUGAACCUUGGUUGAUUUGUGGGGAUUUUAAUGAGGUGCUAUGUUGGCAGGAAAAGAGGGGGGGCAAAGCCUACUCUGACCACCUCCCAGUUAUCUGUUAUUCAAGCAGUGAAAAGAGAAGCACUAGAGGCAAACUGUUUAGGUUCGAGGCCAUGUGGGCUGAGGAUGAGGACUGUGAGAGAGUUAUAGCUGACUCAUGGAAGUGUGACAUAGGUGAUAACCCUAUGAACAGAUUCAAGACACAAGUUGAGGCCUGUUCUCAAAACUUAACACACUGGAACAAGAUCAAGUUUGGAAGGGUACAGAAGAAGAUACAACAAGCCAGGGGCCACUUACAGCAGGUGCAGGAUAGAGACCCCUACCAUAUCCAAGUGGAGGUGCACCGGGAGGCUCGAAACAAUCUGCAAAUCUGGUUGGAAAGGGAGGAGAUUUUAUGGCACCAGAGAGCUAAGUCACUGUGGCUGCAAGGGGGUGAUCAUAAUACUAAGUAUUUUCACCAUAAGGCUUCCUUGAGAAGAUCUAAAAAGUGGAUAAAGGCCUUAAAGAAUGAAUCAGGUGACUGGCAAGAUGGACAAGGAAGGGAUGCAAUGAUCAUGAACUACUUCCUUAACCUAUUUUCAGCAAGUUCUCAGAAUCCUAGCUUAGAAUUCUUAGCUGGCAUGGAGGGUAGAGUGACUGAGGAGAUGAACCAGGACCUGUUGAAAGAAUUCAGAAGAGAAGAAGUAAAGGAUGCUCUAGACCAAAUGCACCCUACUAAGGCACCUGGACCUGAUGGCCUUCCUCCUAUAUUCUAUCAGAAGUAUUGGCACUUAGUUGAGAAGUCCACGACUGAUGCUGUGAUGCAGGCCCUGCAAAGUGGUACCCUCCCGCCUACCAUCAACCACACCUUCAUUACUCUGAUCCCAAAGAAGAAGAAGCCUGAAAAGAUUACUGAGUUCAGGUCAAUUAGCUUAUGUAAUGUGGUAUACAAAUUGAUUUCGAAGGUCCUGGCUAAUAGACUCAAACCAAUCUUGAAUCAGGUUAUCUCAAGCUCCCAAAGUGCUUUUGUCCCUGGAAGGUUAAUCAGUGAUAAUGUGCUGGUGGCAUAUGAGGUUAUCCAUUAUCUGAGAAACAGAAGACAAGGAAAGGAAGGCUACAUGUCUAUCAAACUAGAUAUUAGCAAGGCCUAUGAUAGGCUUGAAUGGGGAUACUUGGAGGCAGUGAUGAGUAGAAUGGGGUUUCACCCUAGGUGGAUUCAACUAGUCAUGAUGUGUGUUAAGACAGUCUCCUUUUCAGUUUUAAUAAAUGGAGAACCAAAGGGCCCUAUCCAUCCCUCUCGAGGCAUAAGGCAAGGAGACCCUCUGUCUCCUUACCUCUUUCUCAUAGGAACUGAAGGACUGAUAAGCCUUUUGAAACAAGCAGAGCUAUCCAGGAGUAUAGUUGGGGUCAGAAUAUGUAGAGGGGCACCAAGAAUCUUGCAUUUGCUGUUUGCAGACGACAGUGUACUCUUCUGCAAAGCCAAUAGGACAGAGAACAACCACAUACAACAGCUAUUGGAGCAGUAUGAAGAGGCUUCAGGGCAAAAAGUAGAUCAAAGACGAGCUUUCUCAGAUAUUAAGCACAAGGUGUGGACUAAGCUACAAAACUGGAAAGAGAAGCUGUUGUCUCAGGGGGGGAAGGAAGUAUUGAUCAAGGCAGUGGCACUAUCCAUCCCAACCUACACUAUGAGCUGCUUUAAACUACCAGGAAGCCUAUGUCAUGAGUUGGAACAAAUGAUGGCACGUUUUUGGUGGGGACAAAAAGAGGAAGAACACAAAAUCCAUUGGGUAAGCUGGACCAGGAUGUGUGACCAUAAGCAGGCUGGAGGACUAGGUUUCAAAGACUUGAGGACCUUUAAUGAUUCCCUUCUUGCCAAACAAGGGUGGAGAAUCAUGCAGGAACGAGCUACCUUGAUCCAUAAAGUAUUCAAAGCAAGGUACUUCCCAAAUGAGGCCUUUCUUAAGGCAAAACUAGGCUUCAAUUCGAGCUUUGCAUGGAAGGGGAUCUGGGAAGCAAAAAACUUGUUAACUCUGGGCUGCAAGUGGAGAGUGGGAUUAGGACAGAUAAUUAAAGUAUGGGAAGAUAACUGGAUACUUGGGCACCCCCCUCUGGGCAGAAAUGAAGUAACUGCAACAAUCUGUGACCAGGAUGCAACAGUCGAUAGCCUAAUAAACUCUCAGACUAAGUGGUGGGAUGCAGAAAAGGUAAGGACCUUACUACCAGCACGAGCAGUAGAUGAAGUCCUUACAAUAGUGCUAAGCAGCAGUAAACCAGAAGACAAGAUGAUCUGGGAUCCUGAGCCUCAUGGUAGGUUUACUGUCAAGAGUGCAUAUCGGGUCUUCAAAGAGGCAAAAAGGAACAGGACAGACAGUGAGGGCUCAAGAAGAAUGGGGAGGCAAAAGCUGUGGAAGGACCUAUGGAGCCUAAAGAUCCCAGCCAAAGUCAAAAUUUUCGCAUGGAAGGCCUGUAAAGAAAGCCUGCCAACAAAGCAUAACCUCCUGCUAAAAAAGGUUCUGAGUGAAGACAUGUGUAAGAUGUGCAACACAGAAACUGAGGAUGUAGCUCAUGCUUUGUGCUUCUACCCUUCACAGAAAGAGCAGUUAGAGUUGUUCUUCCUAGUCUCAUGGAGCUGCUGGUAUAGACGAAAUGUUUCAACCUUUGAAGACAAAGUCAUUCAGAUUGAGCAGGCCAUAGCCCAUGCCCUGGCUGUCCAACAUGUUUAUAAGGUAACCCGUGGCCAACUGUUGAAGACUGUGAGGCACCACUGCCGCUGGGAAUUUCCCCCACCAGGAGUUUUUAAGUUGAAUGUGGAUGGGGCUACUUUCUUGAACCAACAUAGUGUAGGCAUUGGGGCCAUAUUGAGAGACAACAAAGGGGAGGUGCUAAUGGCAGCAAAAAGCGAUGCACUGACAUUAGUUCAGGAGUUGCAGAAACCAGAACCAUCAAUGGCAUUGGUUGGGAACGUGAUCAGGGACACUAAAGAGCUUAUGAGCCUUUUCAGUACGUGUGAAGUUAGGCAUACUAUGAGGUCGUGUAAUGAAGCAGCACAUAAGCUUGCAAGACAUGCUUGGCAUGUAAGUAACAUCAGCUUGUGGUGGGGAUCUUUCCCUGAUGUAAUUGCUCCAUUCCUUUGGAUGGAGAGACAGUUGUAA